AUGGCUACUGAUUCUUCGAGCUCUGCUUCUCUCAUCUCCCCGUCAGGUCCAGCUCCUUGCUUCGCUCGGCGAUUUUUCUCGGUUAUAUCCAGCUCAUCCAGACGCUCCAAUCUGGGUCCUCAGUUGUUCGAGUCGAAGAGUUAUUGGGUUUCUUGGUAUCUGGGUUUCGCGAACACGGGUCCUACCGCCCGCGACGAUUGA